AUGUCAUAUAAUCACCAUCUCCAAUCACAAGGCUAUGUGCCUUCAUAUACUUCUCAGAAUACCGGCGCUGCAUAUAUGGCUAGAAGAGGAUGGGAUUCUUCGAACAACAGUGAUCAGAAUACAAUUAGCUUCACAUCAAAAAGCAGGAAGAAAACGUUUUAUAUAAUUGCCUUUGUACUCUUGCUUCUUCUUUCAAUCGCAGCUAUCGUGAUUAUCAUAUUAUUUGCUUGUGGAGUGUUUUACACAUCGGAUCCAUUACAAAAUCCGACAACUCCACCCAUAUUUAAUCCUACAUAUCGGCCACCAUUCGAUCCGUACUCGACACCACAUGCUCCAAUAUUUGGCCAGAAUGCAUCAUUUUCCUGUACAUUUGCUAUUCUUCGUCAGGCAAGCGAAACGUUUGACGUCAAAAAUACAAACGCGUAUUAUGCAUCGUUUACAUUGAUACAGAAUGCGCUAACCAAUGUGAUAUCAACUUCAAGUUUGCAACAAUACAAUCCUUCUGUGCAAUUGAAUGACUUACAAAAUAGGGGAAAUGACUUGAGUGUUAUUUUUCGGAUAACAAUGCAACCAAAUCCAAAUGUGGAUCAAAAUGUAAUCGCGACUGUUCUUCGAAAUAACAUUUUAAAUCUCCAAAACAUGCUUGGAGGAAAUGCGCAAAUCGAUCAGAGUAGUAUAUUUGUUUUCCGUUUGUUUGUUUAA